AUGCCGCCGGUCGAGCGCGACGCACCGGUCGACCGGCCUCUAAGACAUCAACAUUCUUCUUCAAUUGGAGCUAUUGUCCCAAUGUGGGAUAGUUCCGACCCAGAGCGGGCGCCGCCGCCUCUGCCCAUGCACCCUCAGUCGCCCGGCGUAGGUACAUCGCGUAGUGGCACCUCGCUAGCUAUCCAGUCGGCGCACGCAGCUCUAAAUGAGAAGGCGCGCGAGCAUGCUCUUGUCCCUUCUCUCGCGAAACGAAUGAACGAGACGUCACCCGAACGUGCUCUUAUACGAGGACCAAGCCCUCAUAAACGAAUGCAAUCCCUCCAGCCCGGUAGUGUUAGAGACCUAAGCCUCAUGAUUGAGGGCUCGAGGGAUCGAGAUUCAGCGAACUCUACCCCUCGCGGCUCGCCCGAAAAAGAAAGGCCCGUAAGGCCAGAGACACCAGUCCGUGGAAGAGAUCACCAGAAUAGGGACUACGACAGAGACACUAGAUCAUCAGAGAAGGAGAAUACUGCUCCAGGAACACCUACACCGAUGCCGCAAGGUCUAAAUUCCGUUACCCGCCCAUCAUCGAGGAGGCCGCCACAGAGCAUACUCGGUGAAAAUACACCCCCUCAAUCCGCAACAAUGUUGGCAUUGCAAAAUAUGCCUUCUAACUCAUCGCGAGAGGCCGAGUCGCCUCUAGCGGCCGUCACAAACAAUUCCACACCAAUGAUGAAACCACAUCCCGCCACAGAAUACCUCUCCAGUCAGCUUUUAACUCUAACCAACAUUGCAACCGCCCUCCAAAAGGAAAUGUCUCAACUCAGCCGUAGGAGUAGAGAUAAUGCUACCGACCUGAUGAGCCUCAAAGAAGCCACACAUGCCAGAGAUGAGGAUAUUCGGAAGAGUCUACGCGAAUUAGCCUCGAGUGCGACGGAUCCUACUCGUUAUCAUAAAGACACCUACACUGGUGGCUUAUAUAUCGACGACAAGCCAUUCAACAUGGGUCCUGGGUCAAAGAUUGGCAGGCCUUUCUCUCUUCCACGGAUCCCAUCGCCGAAUAGUUUCGCGGCCUCCAUCGACAGAGAGUCUAUUUUGAGUACGCCAUCUCUUGUAGGCGGAGAGUCAUCGCCUGCUACGAUGGCUUUGUUGGAGAAGAUCAUUAGGGAUAUGGGGACGAAGGAUGGCCAAGACACAAUCGUGGGCCGUCUAUCAGAGCUAGCCGACAGACUAUCCGGAAUGGCUUCAGCAAGCAAAGUGGAGGAACUCAUUCAUCACCUGAAAGCAUCUAGCGAACACUCCUAUGGCCAUGGGAUGGUAGACAACCAGCACAAGGCAAGGACGUCGAGUUUCAGCAGUGAUGACUCUGGAUCCAAGAUCAGCGGCGUGGUGAAUCGAAGGGUUGAAGGGUUACUUAAUGGUAAAGAAACCAGACGACCUUCAACCUCAGCCACGACACGAGUAAAUGAUGUUGUAAAUGACGAUGUCAUGAAGGUUAUCCGCUCGGUUAAGGAUAGUGUUGCACAGGCUGGAGGCAUGACUGCUGAGGUUAAGGCCCUCGUACGGGAGCUUCGAGGUGAAGUUCUCGGGAUGGGACGGGAGAUCGGUAGGAAGCUAGAGGAUUCUCACAAAAAGGCUCCUAGUAAGAGCGAGACGGCUAGCAGAGCCGAGCUAGCAAGAAUCGUCGAAGAAGGGCUUGAACAGAUCAGGGUUUACAUGGCCCAACGUCUCAAGGACCACCGGCGAGACUCAUCCGAGAUAGAGAAGCCUGCAAUCGAUUAUCAGGAGAUCUAUAACGCCCUAAGGACUGCUCUCAGCGACACAGAAGCAACGAAACACCAGGAACCUCAACUAAGCCGAAGCGAUGUAAUCGAAGCUGUGAAGGAUGCCUGGGAGAAUUACAAGCCCGAGAUCGAAAUUCAACAGAUCGGUCUCGAGCGGGAUGAAGUUCUUGAUUGUCUAAGAGAAGGAUUGGAACAUUAUGCACCACGCCAAGAUACUCCCCAAGGCGCCAGUCGGGAUGAGGUCUUUCAAGCAGUUGUCGAAGGACUAAAACACUUCGCUCCCCCACAAGUCGAAACACCUGUUAGCCUUUCCAAGGACGAAGUCAUUGAGGCAGUUAGAGAGUGCCUUGAGGAUUUCGAAUUCCCAAUUGCGCCUUCAUCCAAUGACCUAACUCGUGAUGAUGUCAUAGAUGCCGUCAAAGAGGGGAUCAACUCAACGCAUAGUACUGCGCUUGUACCCCAUGGCGGAGAAAAUAGCUCGGAAGUCAUGGAACGACUCCAUGACAUAAUGCAGUACAUGCGAGAUGAAUUCAAGGCGGUUUCUGAGGAAGCGAAGCAGAAUGUUGCGGCGAAUGGUAGAGACACCGAGCAGGUCUUGGAUGCUACUAGAGACGGCUUUGACCAACUACGGACGCACAUCGAAGGCUACGUAGACAAAGCCGUGGGAGGUUCUAGUCACGAGGAAUUGAUCAGUAGCCUCGAAACUGGGUUCGAACAAUUGCGCGCCCACAUGGAAGAGUUCGUCGGUAGGGAUUCCGGCUCCACUACUUCGGGCCAGGAAGAAUUGAUGACGAAUAUUGCCGAAGGCAUCGAGCAAUUACGGGCACAAAUGGAGAACCGUACUGACGUAGCCCCCAGCGUUCCUAGCGCUACUAACCAAGAAGAAAUAACGGCAGCUCUCACAAGCAACUUUGAACAGUUACGAACUCAUAUGGAAGGCUAUGUUGACAAGGCCUCUGGUGCUUCUAAUCAAGAAGAGCUUAUGACCAAUGUCGUCAACAGUUUUGAUAUCUUCCGUGAAGAAGUUUCCGAGCUUGUAGCCAAAGCUUCAGACGGUUCUAGGGAUAUAAUAAGGCAAGAGAUCGAAUCGCUGCGGGACACCGUGAACUCUUCCCUUGUUCCUCACGUGCCACAAGUAAGCGACAAUAGGGAUGUUCUAGAAGCCAUCCGCGAAAGCAUCGAAAGAAUACGAGGGGAGUUACUUCGUCCUCACGCCGGAACGACAGAUAUUCUUGACGCCCUACACGAAGGUUUUAGCGACCUGCGAAUUAGCAUUGAGAAGGUAGGCAACAAGCCAGCCGAUCUCACUGCUAAUGAUGAAAUCCUUGACGCCCUAAAAUCUGGACUAGAUGGUGUCCAGACGAAUAUCGAAUCGCUUCGCGAUAACAGUCAGGAGAAGGCUAUUGCUACUGUAGGAGCAGCCAUUCCGAGUGACGCUCUCAUUCCAGCGGACCUUGUCAAACAUGAUGAUAUCAAGAAUCUCGAGGUCAUGAUGACUCAGCUUAGAAUCAAAAUGGACUCUAUGGAAACACCACAGCCCCCGCCUCAGGCCGCAGGAGGUUUAUCGAAAGAUGACCUUGCGGAGAUGGAAGAAUUGCUCAAGAAUGGUCUAUCUAAAGAGGACUUGAAUGAGAUGGAAGAGAUGCUUCGGAACAUGCAGGAGUCGAUGGCUGGCAUGGCUGGCAUGUCUAAUAACAAAGAGGGCGAAGAAGUUCCGGUGAAUCUUGAGGACGCCGCUACAAAAGAAGACGUACAGGCCAUUGAAACAAUCCUUCGAAACACCAAGGCUCGUUUGGAUGACCUAGUCGACGGAGAGCAAGCCGUUCGCAAAGAUCAUGUUGACGCUCUUGAGGCUCUCGUACUUGAAACCAAGGACUCCCUCGCGACUCUCUCAGGUCAAGUGGAGACCGUGUCCAGAAAGGAAGAUCUACUCGCCGUCGAAUCUCUCGUAAAUCAGAUCACCACUGCCCUAGCUGAGGAGAAGGAGCGCGUUGAAAAGUCCCUUGACGACCCUGAGAGAGUAACCAAGACGCAGGUUGGAACAGUCGCAGCAGCAGUGCUUGAAGUCAAGUCCGUUGUCGAAGGGAUGAUUGAGACUAACCUUGCAGCUAUCCCCUCAAAGGACGAUCUCAAGAUCCUCGAAGACAGUGUCAAGGAGCUCAAAGAGAAUGGCGCUGCGCUAGCGGAAUCCAAUACUAAGUCCUUCGAAGAGCAAAGGACGGAGACUACCGGCGUUGGUGAGCGAGUCGUAGAGGUCAAGGCAUUUUUGGAAGAAUUCCACGGUCUAGUGAAGGAGAGGCUCGAAACCGGUGGUAACGCUAUUGAGUCAUUGGGCAAGAUCCUCGAAGGUGUAAGUGAGACUGUCCAGCAGAACGCCGACGUCGGUGGCAACCUGAAAGAGAUGUUCGACCUCGUGAAGUCAGAAUUCGAGGAAUCGAAGGCCAAUAUGGUGGGCGCUAAGCUAGAUACCGACGAAAAGGUCAAAGAGACUACCGAAGCUCUCGGAAACAAAAUCGGAGAGAAGAUCGGCGAGCUAGUAACCAAAUACGACGAAUUUCAACUUGUGAUGGAAGACCGAACAAAGACGUCAGAAGGGAGAGAUGAAGAGAUGAAAGCUGCGAUGGUCAACACGAACACUAUAGCGGAAGAAUUGAAGGUUCUUAUCGAUACUCUUGGCUCGACUGUUACUGAUUCCCUCGAGAAAAUGGAGGAAGCUUCAAAAACCGUAUUCGAAAGAGUCGAGACCCUGUACGGUAAAGCCGAAGAUAACCACGCGGAUGGCAAGAAUGAACACCAAAUGACUCGCGACCAUGUUAAGCAAGCAAUAACGGCCGUGGAAGGUCUCCAAGGCCACGUCGGUGACUACCAGCCAAAGAUUCUCGACUCGAUCAAAGAAGUGCUCCUUAUUGUCGGUCAGCACUAUGAGCACUCGAGGAACUCAGAAAAUGGCAUUUUGCGGAAGAUUGAAGAUGCUAAGCCUGAACCCUUAAUGUUGCCGCCUCCACCCGAAAAAUACGAUGACAGCUUGGUACAGACGAAAUUGGAUAAGCUGGACACUGAGAUGCACUCUAUGCGUGAGAAUUUGCACAGCCAGAUGCAUUCGAAGUUGGAUAGACUGAUAGACUAUACCCAAACCUCCGACAAGGCGUAUUCCCAGCUUGACACUCUAGAUAAGGUACACCAACAAGUUGUGAAGACGGCUGCCGAUAUUUCAGAGUUCCUCUCAACACAAAAACAGCGCAUAGAAGACGAACACGAAGAUCGGGAGAAGACGCUUCAAGAAACUACAAUUCAGCUUGAGCGCCAGAAAGCCGAGCAGGAAAACAUCGAGGCCAACUUAGCAUACCUACGAGUUGAAGAAGCUGAAUUGCGCGAUACAGUCCUAGCUUUAAGGGCCGAGCAAGAAUCUCUAACCCGCCAAAAGAUUAGGCUGACGGCCGAUGUUUCUUCUCUUGAAACUGCUCUGCACCUUCGUCGCGAAGAACUUCAUGCAAUGGACGCGCGUGCUGAAGGAUUGGAGCGUAGGAUCCUUGAGGGUGUUCUGGACCAUUCUCGCGCCCUCCUCAUGACUAAAUCUACAUCCAAGGGCCGUGACGCUAUGAGCCGCAAACGUGUACCUGGUGCUAGAUCUAGUUUGGGGCCUACGGAUGACCUCAAUUCUAUGUCCAAACAGAAGUCCCGAGGAGCAGUCAAUGUGGCAGUCAACAGUGGUAGGGCCAGUCUAGUACCACCCAAUCCCGCCAGUGCCGGUCGCCGAAUCCUAAGUCUCAGCCAGAUUACGAACAACGUUCCUACGGGUGGUAUUAAGCGCAGCCAAAGUGUUCGUACGCCCGCUGGUGCCGGCCUACGAAAGGGUAGUUGGGCUCCGGGAAGAAAUGCCACGGGUAAAAGCUAUGGCGAUCUAGACAUGAAUAAGGAAAAUGUAGAGCUCGUGCGUGAGAGCGAUGAAGAAGCACAUGAUGAUUCGCCUACACCAGAGUCCGAGCCGGGAACGCCGACGCCUGUGGAAGAUGAGACUGUAUUGAUAGCGGACUCUGCCGAUGACGGCCCCGUUGAUGAAGACGAGGAGAACGCCACAGAAAUACCACCUGAACCUGAAGAGCACGAUGACGCCAACGAAGAGGCCGAUGCGGCUAGACGCUCAAGCCUCGGUACUACAGUCAUUAGCGGGGCAGAAACAGAAAGUGGGUACAUUAGCGAGGACCCAGAAGGCCAGAGCGAGUGGACCGAGAGCGCAUUAGGUACGGAAAGCAUCAUCUCCGAAAGCAUUGCCGAUGGUGAUAGUAUUGCUGGUGACGGUGAGGUUUUGGUGUACAAUUAG